ACUGCCUGCAGAAACGACUAGUCCUUAGUAGCAAAGCGUUUACUCUCUUUAACAGUUGUUUAAAGUAUAGUUUAGUCAGAAACCCUGAUGACAGGGGGGACUAGUCCUUAAAGCGUUUACUCUCUUUAACAGUUGUUUAAAGUAUAGUUUAGUCAGAAACGCUGCCGAUGACAGGGGGGACUAGUCCUUAGCAGCAAAGCGUUUAUUCUCUUUAACAGUUGUUUAAAGUAUAGUUUAGUCAGCUCUGUCGGUCUAAACUGUGGUAAUGGAGUGUCGUGUGUUGUCCAUCCAGAGUCAUGUUGUCAGGGGAUAUGUAGGAAACAAGUCGGCAUUAUUUCCGCUACAGGUCCUUGGUUUUGAAGUGGACUCCAUUAACUCUGUGCAGUUCUCCAAUCACACAGGUUAUGCCCAAUGGAAGGGACAAGUCCUGACAGCAGAGGAACUGAAUGUUUUGUACGAGGGUCUCAAGCUCAACCAGGUGAACAACUAUGACUACAUUCUCACAGGAUACAGCAGGGACAUAUCCUUCCUGGAGAAGGUGGUCAGUAUUAUCCAGGAGCUGAAGAAAGCUAAUCCAAGCUUGGUGUACGUGUGUGAUCCUGUUAUGGGAGACCAUGGUGCUAUGUAUGUUCCAGAGAAUCUGUUGCCUGUCUACAAGACCCAAGUUGUGGCCAUGGCAGACAUCCUCACACCUAACCAAUAUGAAGCAGAGAUGUUAACUGGGAGGAAAAUAAACACAAAGGAUGAUGCUAUUGAGGUGCUGGACUUGCUUCAUGAAAUGGGACCAGAGACUGUCGUCCUCACUAGUACAGACCUGCUCUCGGGAAAUGGGGACCAGUUCCUGGUGGUGCUUGGGAGUCAAAAAAUAAUGAAACCUGACGGGACAACCAGCAGUCUGAAAAUCUGCUUGGACAUCCCCAAGUUUGAUGCUGUAUUUGUGGGGACGGGAGAUCUGUUUGCUGCCAUGUUGCUGGCCUGGACACACCGACACCCCGAGGACCUGAAGGUUGCCUGCGAAAAGACCGUUUCUGUGAUGCACCAUGUCAUUAAGAGGACCGUCACUUAUGCCAAUGAGCUAGCUGGGCCGGGCAACAAGCCCAGUCCCGCCCAGCUGGAGCUCCGGAUGGUCCAGAGCAAAGACGACAUCGAGAACCCUGCCAUUGUUGUCCAAGCUAAGGUCUUACAAAAAUGUUAAACUCUGAAGAAGGAGAGGCUUUCAGUAAAUACACAUUGUGCUGGUACUAAUCAGUGAAGUCUCUUGGACACACAUUGAAUGUUCACAUCAAAAAUGUUGACAUAUCUUUGCCUUACAACAGCUAUGAUUGCCAUGUUUUUAGAAGUUAUAGCAUAUUGUAUUGUACAAUGUAAUGACAAGCUGAUUUGUAUCGCUUAGAUCUUUGUUCCUGUCAUAUACACAUUGUCUGCCCUUUUUAUUUAAAAGCAAAAGGGGCAGCUGGAUUAAAAAUGGUGUAAAUGUUCUUUAAUCGUGUUCUAUAGUGGGUAGAAAGGUAGAACUGUUUAUCAAUGAGGGUUUACAUGGAUAGAUGCAAACUGCUCUGAAUUCACGAGGAAAGUAAAACUGCAGCAGCAUUGGUCCGGCCUUCGGCCCUACGGCCACCGUUCCCAUCAAACUCACCCAUUCAUCAUAGAAAAUGACUAAAUUCUGGGUUUCUGGUAUAAAUGACCAAACAUUUACACACACAUGAGUGUGAUGACAAGUCUCCUGACAUGGAUAUCCACCAUUAUCUUUCACUCGGAGCAUUUAAUUUUGGCAAGUUCCUCAUGCAGCUCCGUUAACUUCAGCUAAUGCUGACAUACUUUUUAUAUUUCCUCAUUUUACUUCACAUGUUCUUCAAUAAAACUAGUAACUUUGAUCAACUAUAUAUUCCAUUUUUGAAAUAAUUUUAAACAUUUUGUCAGUGCCCCUGAAACUUCUGUCCACCCUGUCAUUAUGGGGUAACUGACCAUUUAACAGAUCAACUAAUGUAAUUAGUAACAUCAUCACACCAUUUGGCCUUUAAGUAACAGGUCAACUGCCGCAAAUACGUCAAGAUCCUUCCUUAUAUUUCCAGAUUUUCAUCAUAGUGUUUGUUGUUGGUGUGUUACAGCUUAACAUGUCCACACUGUCAUUUAUUAAUAUUUUUAAACUAAUCAGAAAUUCAAAAUACAUUUCAUAAACAGUAUAGUCACUUUCAACACUGAAUCACUUUGCUUGCUGAAGACCCACUCAUUAAGAGCUAAAAGUAGCAAUAAAUGUUCACCUUGUCUGUCAAUGUUUCCAUGACGGGGUGGACACGUAUACGAUAAAGAAAAUCUGAGGUUUCCAGGACAAUGCAAAAUGAAAUACAAAGCAUGUGUCUUGUUGCCAACCGGUGGCGUUAAAGGUUUUUCCACUUAUUACACUGCAAAUGUGUUCAGAGUUGGACUGUGAAAAUAUGCACCAAAUUAGGACAAGAUUAAACAAUAUAUGGUUGGGUUACGGCAGUUGACACAGUCUGGGCCCCAUAAAUGUUCUAGCUUCUAUAUACUGAUUGUAAACAGCAAAUCUUUGUAUAAUGGUUAAAAAGAAUGUAUUAAAAAUCAACCGUUAAUUGAAAAGUAAUGAAAAAAAAAAUCAUGAAAUGAUACCGAGAUAUACAGUUAUAUUUCUACAAAAUUUGAAAUCAACUAAAAUAUAUGUUUAGUCUCCAAAAUUUUAAAAUGUCACUGUACUUGUAGCGUUUGACCAGUCUGAAUGAAACACAUGAUUUAACCAGCUGAGGUCGACGUGUUUGUGAUGAGUUUGAACAUGAUCGGACAAAGUAUGGCAGAAAUAUAGAAUGAAGAAGUACUUAUUAGACUCUAUGUUGCCGUGUAUGGAAAUGUUGCUCCAUCUGAUCCUUGAAUCUCCCCUCUGAAAAACAAAUGGGUAAUUUUUGUAUUUUUUUGAUGAUUUCUUUUUCAUGUGUGGUAAAACUGUGCACUUCCUGUUUCAUGGCAAAUGACAAAAAGACAUGAAACAUUUUCGUGAAGAUGAUUUUGGAAACAUUCAGUACAAAUCUCUGAUCUGAUGAAGCAUGGCGUAAUUACAGGAAAUAAUGUCACAAACACCAUUUUCCUUUCACCAGGAGGUGGGGCUAUGGAGUUAAUCCAAGAUUGUCAUAUCCAUUUGUUCAGCAUGGAAGCUUCGUCAAAACGUGUGAAUGUUGGUGGUACAAAACCUGUGUCAUUAAUGUGCUAUUUCUGGGCAAGAGCAAUAAUUCCUCGUGCUCAUGCAAUUGUGCAAACGUAAUGUAGUUAAAAGGAGUCCUUUUCUGUGAAUCAUGUCAAAUAUAGUUAUUUCAUAUUUAGAUUGAAUUCAGUCACAGUGCAACUCCAACAAAAAUGUUGACCAUGUACUGCUGCAUAUACAAUCUAGGUUAAUUUUUUAUUUUUAUUUUUUCAGACAAUAUCAGUGGCAGUCGUUGCUGUAGCUGAUGUCAAACAUAUUUCUCAAUUUUCUAAAUCACACUUUUUAAGUGUGCAGCAGGUAUUUUAUGAUAGAUUUUAUGUUCUCAUCUCAAAUUUAUGUAUUUUCAAAGAUAUCUUAAAUAUGUCUACUAAUGAUUUUCUUUUUUUUAUUUAACAAUUUAGUGUCAAGUAAAAUGUGUCGUAGACUAUGCGUUAGUUUCAAUAAGGUUAGGAAAGCAAAACCUGGUUAUGAAUGUGUGCUUAAACUAAUGUGGAUCAUAACACACUGCCAAGUACGAGCAAUGAGUGAACAAGAAAAAUAAAUGUCAAAUCUUUUACUGAAA